AUGCAGAGUGUACAGAGGCAAUUUGGCAGGUUUAUGAAACGAUCCGCAGAUGAAAGUCAGGUAGCAAUUCUUCUCAAGGACUUUGAUGAGACCGACAAGCUAUUGGGCAGAAUCGUCGAGUCGACACGUGCCUGGCGCGAUGCGUGGUCAUCCAUUCUGCUACACCAAGAGCGAAUGCUCUGCGAGUUCGACGGUAUCUACGCUCCCAUCAUCGGAUCCUCCGAUCCGACCACCGCGAAAGCCGCCCCAACGCCCGAAGCCACACUAGCCAGGACGCGCAGACUGCGAGAGGAAUACGAAGAGUUGCGCAAGGAGCUAGCGGAGGAGCUUAAUGCCGUGGAUCAGCGGAUGAUCAGGCCCGCCUCGCAGGCGAAAGAGUACUUGGCUCCGUUGAAGAAGACCAUCAAGAAGCGGGAAGAUCGCAAGCUCGACUACGAACGCUAUCAAAGUCGCGUCGACAGCUAUACCAAGAAGACGAAACGCUCAGACCGGGAUAACGCCGCGCUCGCCAAAGCAGAAACCGAUCUCUCUAAGGCCACGGAGGAAUACCACGCCGCAGACGAGCACCUCCGGAAGUGCCUCCCUCCCUUAAUCAACGCCGCAUUCUCCCUGCUCCCCCAGCUGCUAGCCACCCAGAUCGAGAUCCAAAACACCAUGCUGGCACACUACUACACCGUUGUGCACAACUAUUGCGAGGGGGAGCACUUCCCCUCCCCCGCUCCACCCAUGGAAGACAUCAUCGCCCAAUGGGAACGUGACCUGCACCCAAUCCAGCAGGAAAUCGAGGCCUUGGGCUGCCUCGCCAACGGCAAAGCCGUCCGCAUGUCCCAGGCCCCAGACGACAACGGCAACGUCAACGCCCUCUCCAGCCGCCUCACAAACGGCCUCAAUUUCCGCCGUCGCUCAAGCGGACAGGGCGCAGGUACAGGCACAUCACAUCCAGUGCCGCCACUGCAGCCAGCCGCGCCCUCGAUAUGCCGCGAUCAGGAUCGUGGGCGUGAGCGUGAACGUGAACGCACCAGUAACAGCAGAGUCCCCUCCGCUCCAGCGCCAAAUUACGAAACUAAACCCCUCCCCGUCUUCGAGACGAAGCCCCGUCUGAACGAUCUGACCCCGUCCUCCUUGUCGCCUAAUCUCGCCGUGCCUAGCGCGCGUCUCUCCCCCUCAGCGACUCCGCACAGCGACUCCCACCUCCCCGUUCCGGGCUCAGAAUACGCCCAGACGCCGCUGAGUGGGCUCUCCCCUAACUCGCGAUCGGACUACUUCAGUCUCAACCCCCGAAAACCAUCUAGUGGCUCGACAGUUACAUCUCCUGGUUUUGCUGCCGCUGCAGCCGCGAAGAAGAAGCCGCCGCCGCCUCCGCCGCCUCGCGCCGGUUCCUCGAAUGGAGCCCUGUAUGUCACUGCCCUCUAUGACUUUGCGGGUCAGAGUGCGGGUGACCUGGCCUUCCGUGAGGGUGAUCGAAUCCGAGUGGUCCAGAAGACGGACAGCACCGAUGACUGGUGGGAGGGGGAGCUGCGAGGAGUCAAGGGGAGCUUUCCAGCCAACUAUGUUCAAUAA